UAUCCAUAUAGAGUCAUGAGUCAUAGAGUCUGAGUUCGACCUUGACGGCCAUGGCUCUUUGGGCCGCUUUCUCAUUGGCCUUGCCACUUGGACUCGCCGAAGCGCGUCCACCCAGCUUCGCACAUGUCGUGAACCUGAUGCCCAAGGAAGAUAUCGGCCAGCGCGUUGCGAUGGCCAGUUGGCUCCAUGCUCGCCAGCUGGCAGCAGCUGCUGAGAUCAAUGUCUCCUUGUACACCGUGGAAAUUGCUGGAGAGCCUCGGGUCUCGCGUGCCGCCGCGUUCAUUCCGCUCCCCGAGCUCACGAGAACCUCGAGGCGCAUCCUGGCAAGUCGCUCGGAGCAUGUUCCUUCGAUGCCAUUGGCUCGAGAUAUUUUGGAAAGGGCCUCGCAGGUCGAUGCGGACUAUGUGGUUCUGACCCUUGCUGAUAUCUCGUUGAUGCCAAACUUUUAUGAAGAGGUGCUUAGCAUGUUAAGAUUUUUCCAAGAUCGGGGUACUUCCCCUGCGCUCAGCAUUCAUCGUGUGGACUUAUAUGGUUGGAGUAGGCUGGUCAACGACGUGGAGGAUGAAUCGUUGAUCAAGCUAAGCCCCUUCUUCAACCAAACUCUGAAGCAUCAGCAGUUGCACCCCGGCAGCGACUGCUUCGUGUUUGAGCGGAAGAAGAUCCCGGCGAUGAUCGCCGGGGUGGGUUACGUUUUUCAGGGUGGAGCACCUUAUGGGCAGCUGCUGCUUUCUGCCAUGGACCAAGUGGCAGAUCUGCAGAUCAUUGAAGGCAGGAAGUUGACCUUCCAUCUCAGCUUCACUCGUGGGGGCUUUGUUUGGAAUGCUCCUGCAACUGAAGCGACGGAGUUCCUAGCCUACAACAACGUGGCGGGCUUUGGAUUCUCUUCGGUUCCUUCCAUUUAUGAAUCUUUUCCCAGAACGACCACGAUCUUCGAAGAGACCCUGAGUAAUUUCAGAGUAUCCCCUGAAGUGUCGCUGGAGAAGGACGGCUACUUCUUGGAUCCAGACGUGUGUUUUCCGGAGAAUGGAACCAUUUCAGGAGUUGCAAUGGUUCUAGCAGGCACUCCCAAUGCGACCACCACAGGCAGCGACAAAGCUCCAGGAACAGUCAUGGGCCUUGGAGUCUGGCGCAAAGGCAGCUGGACACGCGCACGGCUGAGACAUGUUCGCCGAAUGUUUGAGCUCCCAGUGGGUCUCAGAAGGUAUGGCUUCACACCUUCCCAAGUGAUUCUGAUGGCAAAAAUCCCCUUUCAAAGUGGGGAUUGCUUUGGGUGGGUUUGGAAUCAUCACUGGGCUGGGGUUCAUCUCGGAUUGGCAGAGCAGAGCCAAGGGCAUGUGCUGUACGCAGCCCAUAGCCCGGCAUUUCAGCCGAGCAUCUUCAACUUGUCGCAGCGGCUUCCCGGCAAGUUUACGCUGAGACCAAUUGUCAUAUAUGACAAGAUGAUCGCGUCAGUGUUUGGGUGACAAAGGUGGGCCAUUUUGACGCUGUUGUGGGAUUGUACAUGUACGCCAUGACAUGCCAUGACACGACACCUUGAGCAGCUGUUGGUAUCAAGGUAAAGCCAUUUUGGACCUUCAGAAUUCAACGAUCGUCACCGGGAGAGAUCAAUGUCAGGAUGUCGACGCUGUUUGUUAUAUAAAGGAUGUUCAAGGUCAGCUGGAUCUUCUCGGGCUGAGAGCUUUAUUCAGCCAAUGUCAGUUCUUCUGUUGUUCGUUCGAGACGGUUUCAUGACAGGGAGUCCACACACACAAGGGCUCUAUGAUUUUCUGACGGCCUCGGGAGAGCCCAGCAACAUCGUCCAAAGCUGAAGACCCACC